AUGGACCGCCUGUUUCUUGUGGUUCCGGUUCUGCUAGUUUGCAUGUGGCACGCUGGGGCUCAGGUUCUGCGAAUUGGUGGCAUCCUGGAGACACGCGAGCGUGAGCUGCUGAGUUUGGACGAGUUGGCGUUCAAAUUCGCUGUGAACAACAUCAACAGAAACAAGACGCUCAUGCCCAAUGUCACGCUCACCUACGACAUCCAGCGCAUCAACCCCAAAGAUGGAUUUGAGGCUUCGCGCAGAGUGUGUGACCAGCUGUCCCUAGGUGUGGUCGCCGUGUUCGGUCCAUCUCACAGCUCUUCCGUCAGCGCCGUUCAGUCCAUCUGCAACGCUCUGGAGGUUCCGCAUAUCCAGACGCGCUGGAAGCAUCCGUCGGUGGACAACCGGGACACCUUCUUCAUAAACCUUUAUCCCGAAUAUACCGCCAUUGCCAGGGCCGUGCUGGACGUUGUCACCUUCUUCAAGUGGAAGAAGCUCACCGUCGUCUACGAGGACAGCACUGGUUUGAUGCGAAUGCAGGAAUUGAUCAAGGCUCCCGCCAAGCUAAACCUGAAGAUGAAAAUCCGCCAGCUUACGCCCGGCAACCAGGACGCCAGGCCGUUGCUCAAAGAACUCAAGCGGGACAAAGAGUUCUUCAUCCUCUUUGACUGCUCCUAUAGCAUGGCCUCGGAACUACUCAAACAGCUUUCAUCCAUGGGAAUGAUGACAGAGUACUACCACUUCUUCUUCACCACUUUGGACUUGUUUGCAUUGGACCUGGAACCAUACCGUUACAGCGGGGUCAACAUGACGGGUUUCAGGCUGCUCAACAUCGAUGAUCCUCAGGUGGCCUCCACUCUGGACAAGUGGGCAACGGAGAGGGUACAGGGCCCCAAGCAGGACGGCGGCCUCAUGGAUGGCGUCAUGACUACCGAUGCGGCUCUGAUGUACGACGCCGUCUUCCUGGUGUCCGUGGCAUCGCAGCGUGCCACUCAGAUGACUGUUGGCUCUUUGCAAUGUCACAGACACAAGCCCUGGCGAUUUGGACCUCGAUACAUGAAUCUUUUUAAAGAGGCACAGUGGGACGGACUGACAGGCCACAUCGUCCUCAACAAGAGCGACGGCCUGCGACGGGAGUUCGACUUGGACAUUAUCAGCCUGAAAGAGGACGGUAGCUCCAGGGGUGUCUUGGAGGGUGGAAGUCGCCUCACCAAAAGAUGGAUUAAGAUCGCCACGUGGAGCUCGAUGAAAGGAAUGCACCUGGUUGAGAAGUCCUCAUCGAAUAACAACAACGUGACCGACUCGCUGGCCAACAGGACACUGAUUGUCACGACCAUCCUGGAGAACCCAUAUGUGAUGCACAAGAAGUCUGACAAGGACCUGAGUGGAAAUGACCGUUUUGAGGGUUACUGCCUGGACCUCCUGAAGGAGCUCUCCAACAUCCUGGGCUUUACCUACGAGGUCCGCCUCGUGGCCGACGGGAAGUACGGUGCCCAGAAUGACAAGGGCGAGUGGAACGGCAUGGUACGAGAGCUCAUAGACCAUGUGGCCGAUCUGGCAGUGGCGCCGUUGACCAUCACGUACGUGCGUGAGAAGGUGAUUGACUUCUCCAAACCAUUCAUGACGCUAGGCAUCAGUAUUUUGUACCGCAAGCCUAAUGGCACCAACCCGGGAGUCUUCUCCUUCCUCAACCCGCUGUCGCCUGAUAUCUGGAUGUACGUCCUGCUAGCCUGCACCGGCGUAAGCUGCGUGCUCUUUGUCAUCGCCAGGUUUACCCCCUACGAGUGGUACAAUCCGCAUCCGUGCAACCCAUCCUCCACGUUGAUUCAGAACAAUUUUACUUUGCUCAACAGCUUCUGGUUUGGUGUGGGUGCACUUAUGCGACAAGGCUCAGAACUGAUGCCCAAGGCUUUGUCCACCCGCAUCGUCGGGGGCAUUUGGUGGUUCUUCACCUUAAUCAUCAUCUCGUCUUACACGGCCAACCUGGCCGCGUUCCUCACGGUGGAGCGCAUGGAUGCGCCCAUCGACUCGGCCGACGACCUGGCCAAGCAGACCCGUAUCGAGUAUGGGGCGGUGAGAGAUGGCUCCACCAUGACAUUCUUCAAGAAAUCCAAGAUCUCGACCUAUGAGAAGAUGUGGACCUUCAUGAGCAGCAGGAAGAACACAGCAUUGGUCAAGAACAACCGGGAAGGGAUCACGCGCGUCCUCACCACCGACUACGCCAUGCUGAUGGAGUCCACCAGUAUUGAGUACAUCAGCCAGAGGAACUGUAACCUCACGCAGAUAGGAGGACUCAUAGACUCCAAGGGAUACGGAGUAGGAACGCCCAUAGGUUCUCCAUAUAGGGACAAAGUGACCAUCGCCAUCCUUCAGCUACAGGAGGAGGGCAAGCUUCACAUGAUGAAGGAGAAAUGGUGGCGAGGGAACGGCUGCCCGGAGGAGGACAACAAGGAGGCCAACGCGUUGGGUGUGGAGAACAUCGGCGGCAUUUUCAUCGUGCUCGCCGCCGGCUUGGUCCUUUCAGUCUUCGUGGCCAUCGGCGAGUUCAUCUACAAAGCUCGCCGCAACGCUGACAUCGAGGAGGCCUUCUGUUUCUUUUACGGGGUGCAGUCUCGCCAGUUUCAGCGGCGUGGUUCCACUUCCUCCUCUGGAACAUCCUUGUCCACUGAUCUGGAGAGCGGCAGGCUACUUGGUGAUGAAGAAUAA